CCUUCUCCGCCCCUUGACUAGGGGUGAGAGGUCAGCGGCGAGCCGGUCUGCUGGGUCCACAAUGGCGGGACUGUGGAUCCGGACGGUGGCGCAAGCGGCGGCCAGGAGGCCUUGGCGGCGGCCCCCGCAGCAAUUGCUGUGGACGCUGAAGCUUCCUCCAGUCUAUUCACAACGGUGCCUAGUGGUGUCCCGAAGUCUCAGUUCUAUGGGAUGUGACCCUCAAGAAAAAACUUUUGAUAAAAUUCUCAUUGCUAACAGAGGAGAAAUUGCAUGUAGGGUCAUUAAAACUUGCAAGAAGAUGGGCAUCAAGACAGUUGCCAUUCACAGUGAUGUUGACGCCAGUUCCGUGCACGUGAAAAUGGCGGAUGAGGCUGUCUGUGUUGGCCCAGCUCCCACCAGUAAAAGCUACCUCAACAUGGAUGCCAUCAUGGAAGCCAUUAAGAAAACCAGGGCCCAAGCUGUACACCCAGGUUAUGGAUUCCUGUCGGAAAACAAAGAGUUUGCAAGUUGCUUGGCAGCAGCAGAUGUCACUUUCAUUGGACCUGAUACUCAUGCUAUUCAAGCCAUGGGUGACAAGAUAGAAAGCAAACUAUUAGCCAAGAGAGCAAAAGUCAACACAAUCCCCGGUUUUGAUGGGGUAGUAAAGGAUGCAGAUGAAGCUGUCAGAAUUGCAAGGGAAAUUGGCUACCCUGUGAUGAUCAAGGCCUCAGCAGGUGGCGGUGGGAAAGGCAUGCGCAUCGCUUGGGAUGACGAAGAGACCAGGGAUGGUUUCCGAUUUUCAUCACAGGAAGCUGCUUCUAGUUUUGGCGAUGAUAGACUACUGAUAGAAAAGUUCAUUGAUAACCCUCGUCAUAUAGAAAUCCAGGUCUUAGGUGACAAACACGGCAAUGCCCUGUGGCUCAAUGAAAGGGAAUGCUCGAUCCAGAGAAGAAAUCAGAAGGUGGUGGAGGAAGCGCCAAGCAUUUUUCUGGAUCACGAGACUCGCCGAGCAAUGGGAGAGCAGGCUGUGGCUUUGGCUAAAGCUGUGCAGUAUUCCUCUGCUGGAACUGUGGAAUUUCUGGUGGACUCCCAGAAGAAUUUUUACUUCUUGGAAAUGAAUACAAGACUCCAGGUUGAGCAUCCUGUCACAGAAUGCAUUACCGGCCUGGACUUAGUCCAAGAAAUGAUUCGUGUUGCUAAGGGUUACCCCCUCAGGCACAAGCAAACGGAUAUUCCCCUCAGUGGCUGGGCAGUUGAAUGUCGGGUUUAUGCUGAGGACCCCUACAAGUCUUUCGGUUUACCGUCUAUUGGGAGACUGUCUCAGUACCAAGAGCCGACACAUCUACCUGGUGUCCGAGUUGACAGUGGCAUCCAACCGGGAAGUGAUAUCAGCAUCUAUUAUGACCCUAUGAUAUCAAAACUAAUCACAUACGGGUCUGAUAGAGAGGAAGCGUUGAAGAGGAUGGAAGCGGCGCUGGAUAAUUACGUGAUCCGAGGAAAGAAGCAGUGGCCUCGGCCUCUGUUUGAUCCUGGUGGAGUGCACAGCAAGUGUCUGGCCUGCUGUUUUGGAACCAGCGGGCAGUCAGAAGGAUGCUCGAGGGGCCUCCCUCUGUGGCCUGGUCAUGAUUUCCCAUGCAGAUGGGAUCUGCUGAACUCUGGCACAGGUGUUACACACAACAUCCCGUUGCUACGUGAGGUGAUAAUCAAUACACGCUUUGUGAAAGGGGACAUCAACACCAAAUUUCUCUCUGAUGUGUAUCCUGAUGGCUUCAAAGGACACAUGUUAACACAGAGUGAGAGAAACCAGUUGUUGGCCAUAGCAUCAUCGCUGUUUGUGGCGUCCCAGUUACGAGCACAGCACUUUCAAGAGCAUGCAAGAGUACCAGUUGUUAGAACAGAUGCAGCUAAGUGGGAGCUCUCAAUAAAGUUACAUGAUGAAGAUCACACUGUCGUGGCAUCCAACAGUGGGUCCACAUUCACCGUGGAAGUUGAUGGGUCGAAACUAAAUGUGACCAGUACGUGGAACCUGGCAUCCCCCUUAUUGUCUGUCAACGUUGAUGGCAUGCAGAGGACGGUGCAGUGUCUGUCUCGAGAAGCGGGUGGAAACAUGAGCAUUCAGUUUCUUGGCACAGUGGCACUCUCCUCACAUGACUCCAUUCUUGGAUCAUGUUCAGACAUCGCUCCCCUUUUUGUUUUUUAAUAGCAGGAUAUCCAGAGUGGUUUUGAUUUGAGGUGUUGCACAUAAGCCUAAUUGUCACAUGAUGCAUCAGCAUCCUAUAAUGAAAAAUAUUAGUACAUUGGAGACAUUGUAUGUGAUAUUCUGCCAUCAAGAACAGGGAUCCAAACACUGUCCAUUACUAUUGGUUACAUUAUGAUAUUAUUAGCUUGAAAAGACACCCAUAAGAACACAAUGUUAUGAUGAUUGAUUCAUGCAAAUUGGAAGUAAUUCAAACCCCAUGGAAAAACUAAAUGCAGUCCUUUCUUCAGAUGAAUGAAUGAAAAUCUAUUAUGGCCCCAAGAUCCAGUCAUAAGCACAGAAUCAUCUGUAGAAUCACUUCUCCCUUGGUGCAUGGGCCUUAACUUGUCCCCAGGUGGGCAGACCUGACUUGUAAUGAUAUGGUCAAGAUCUCCUUUUGCCCUUUAGCUGGAGGUGUUCUAUCUUUCUGGUGACUUUCACUGUCUCCUAACCCUCUGUCAUUGUCCUUGAUAGUCUAGGGCCAGAUGAUUCCAAGAGGAAUUCAUGAUGUUUUAGUGGAACCAUGUGCAAUGACAGAUCAUUUCCCUUUGUAGUUUUCUUCUGGAGAAGUAACAUUAGGGCAGGUUAAUGCAUCAGCUGCUUAUUUCCUUCUGCAAUAAAACCAGGGAGGUUAGAGUAUACGUGAGUAUGAGUCUGUUGCUGGAAGUAAUCCUACAACAUGAGCAGAAUCUGAACCGAUAGUCAAGGGUUUAUCAAUUAAUAGUAAUAUGUGAAUCAAAACAGCUUGUCCACUCGUUUGGCUGAGAAAAAGGGAGUAUUAAUAGACUGAUGAAUAUCUGAAUCAUGGAUCCCUUCUAUUCUCUUAGAUAAGCCAUCAAUAAAAAUAAGUAUCUGCCUGUGGAAUGGGAGAUGAUUGGACAAUUUUUAUAAUCACAAAUUCAGUUUGUAUGAGGAAAUCCCAUAGCUUACCAGCUGGAUAAUGAUUUCCUAUCCCAUCCAUAGUAAUCUGCAAAUGUAAUUUGAAAAUCUAUAGAGUUCCGUGAAAACUGAUUGAUAGUUAGGAGUAAUAUAAUACAUCAGGGAUAAAACCCAUAUAAUUGUUGACAUUGUGUCCUUGCCUGGUACUCACUGAACAAGAAGAGUAAGGUAAGUUAGUAUUUCAUGAACUUUAUGGUUGUAAAUAAAUAAAUUCUAAAAGUUUAUCCUCUUUGUACUAUAAUACCUGUAGGAGACAAUAAAUAAGUUUAGAGCAGUAAGUUUAAAGGCUUGAAGGAUUCACAUGAUACACAAAUGCUUCUUUUAUUCUGGACUCAAAUAGCCUCAGUUCUUUUCCUCCCUCUCAAUAAUAUCCAAGGGCUGUCAAUGCCAUCCCUUCUCCUAGAGUUUUAAAUAGAUCGGUCAGUACAUUGGAAAUACCAGGCAGCUCUGAGGCUGAGAAAGAAUUGGGAAACUAAUUCCUUUCCUCUGCCGUGCCCUAGCUUGCCUAGAUUGUAAAGAAAGCAUUUUCAUGGGCUCUCCAAGAUAGCAUUUUCAUGGACUCUACUAAAUCUUCAUCAAAAAGUGGAGAGAAUUCAAGAUUAGAUUGAUUUUUUUCAAAUUCCUCAUCCCAUGCUCCAGUCACCUUCGGGCAAUGGAGGAUGAGGCAUGGUCAUCAGUGAUGCCGUUUUCACUUCCUGUUUUGCCUGAAUGGGGAAAAUCUUUUUUUGCCUCUUACACCAAUUUCAAGGUUUGAUCAUCCAGUUUAUAUUCAUUCAAUGGAUUAGCCAUCCCUGCCUCAUGAUUAAUAUCCUCUUUAUCUUUCUUAACUAUUUUCAUAACAGUCCUAAUUAAUGCCCAAGUGACCCACCCAAAAUUGAAUGCAUAUCCACCCCCUUGUUUAUAUGCCUUUACAGUGUUCUUUCAGACUCUGUCCCAUAUCUCUUUAUCUAAAGUUCUUUCUCUGGAAACCAGGGAUUAUAAUAAUAAACAACUUGUAAGCAA